CAUUAACAGUGAAGAACGUAUUUGCAGUGGACUGAAGAGGGGCAAUUGAAAGUAUCACAAAUGGAACUCAUAUGGGAUAAUAUCAGCACGACUUUGGAACUGUCGUCAGAAUUAUCGCAAAAGUGGCUGACUAAGUUGCGAGCACAAUACUCCGAGUCUCACCGACAUUAUCACAACGAGCACGAACUGAUUGGUAGAAAAGUUCCACUGCUAGCGGGGUCAAACGUGUGUUUACAGCUGGCUGUACUCUUUCAAUACUAUUAUUUCGAGGCGGAUAAAGACUGCAUGGCACGAAACUGUGAGGCAGUCAGUGAAUUUUUCAACGAAAUUAAUCUUGGAAACAAAACUCUGGAGGCAAAUGUAAAACGACUCUUGGGAGAUUUACAGUCAGAAGCUGGUGAUUUGUGUGAAGAAGAUGUUAAAUUUUUCCAGGAUUUGGAUUUGCUUGUGCUUGGAACGCCACCGGACGAGUAUAAACAAUAUACCCAACAGCUACGCCUUGAAUAUCAAUCGGAAGACAUAGGCAGCUACGAUAAAACUAGACUGAAGCUACUGCAAACACUCUGCCGUAUUCCAUGCAUUUAUUUGACGAAGAACUUGAGUGAGUACGAAAAUUUAGCUCGCGAAAAUAUUGUGCAGGAAAUCAAGGAGCUACAAACCAAAUAAGCUUAGUUUAGGUACUCACCGCUUCGUAAGUAUUAAACGUGUUGGUUGAUGUUCCGUAUUCGAUUUCCUUCGUGAGUACAAGUCAUUUGAUAUUAUUCACGAAGUUUCUGUAUGUUGUCUAAAUGUAUCGAAGGAAUAAAGGAUUCACAAUGUUGAUGAACUAGUGACUAGCAGCUAAAACGAUU